GAUUUCUAAAUUCUCUUCAAACUGAAAGUUUUGGGAGAAAAAAAUCAAAAGUUUGUAUGAGACAUCAGGAUGAAGACCUCAAGGUUAACAUGGUGCAUGCUAAGCCUCAUCUAUGUCUGCAUUGUAACGGUCGCUGUGUCAGAUAAUACGUGUUGGGAGAAGAAGUACACUAUUAAUUCAUGUCAUAAAGUAUUCUGUGCUCCCUGGCAGAGAUGUGUGGAUGGAAAAUGUAUUUGUAAGCUGCCUUACCAAUGUUCUCGAAAUAAAACUAUAGGGGCUUGCAGUGAAAGCAACAAAGCGUUCCUGAGCUACUGUCAGUUAAAGAGCGCUGAAUGCACCAACUCAAAAUACAGGUUUGCCUCAGAGUCUCCAUGCAGCGGCAAAUUUGAACUAUUUUUGAAAAAUAGCAAUGGAGAGAAAACAAACAAGGAGGGUCUUGUAAAAAUACGAUUGCCCAAACAAGAUAAGGAAUUCUUUGUGUGUUCUGAAAAAUGGACUAUCAGGGAAGCCAAUGUAGCCUGUCGCCAACUUGAAUUCUCCCAAGGUGCUUCUAGUAAAAAAUUUCAGUUCAAUAUCUCAGAUGAUCAAAAGGAGCAAGAAUGUCUUCAAGUGACAUGCCGCGGAUCCGAGACAACGCUUGCUGAAUGUACUAUUAAGAAGAGCACAAGUUCAAGAAAUAAGCGAGCUGGUGUUUCAUGUUAUAAGGAUACAAAUGCAUGUGAAGAUCAACAGUUCACUUGUGUCAAUGGGAAAUGCAUUGAUAUUAAUAAUAUCUGUAAUGGGCAAAAUGAUUGUGGCGACCUUAGUGAUGAACUUUGCUGUACAGAAUGCAAAAAAGGCUUUCACUGUAAAUCAGAUAUAUGCAUUCCAGAUGAAUAUAUGUGCAAUGGUGACGUGGACUGUCUCAGUGGAGAAGAUGAGUUCAACUGCACAGAAAUCCUAGCAGCAAGAUCAAAAAAUCCUGUAACCGAUGAUGAUGGUGAUGCAAAAUCGGAACAUCCUGUAACCGGUGUUAAUGAGAAAAGCAAUGCAGUUGACUACGACAUUGAUGCAGAGAUAAAGCUUAUAAAGGACAGUGCCCCGAGCCUUAACUGUGGAGUUCCUAAAGUAGAGCACGUAAGAGUGAAGAGAAUCAUUGGAGGACAUAAAGCAGAAAAGAAUCAGUUUCCAUGGCAAGUAGCCAUAAAGGAUGGCACCAAAGUUAACUGUGGAGGCAUUUAUAUAGGUGGCUGCUGGGUGCUGACUGCUGCUCACUGUGUCAGGUCAGAUCAGGCCCAAAGAUACCGUAUUAUUGUUGAGCUCCUGGAUCGUCUGUCAUAUGACGGAGACAUCGAUUCCUUCCCAGUAAAAAGUGUAAAAGUCCACGAACUCUACAACCCUAACACAUAUGAAAAUGAUAUUGCUCUGUUGGAAGUUAUAAAUAUAUACAAUGAGCCCGCAUGUAUGCAAGUUGACAAUAACCUCGUAGCUGCCUGUGUGCCUUGGUCACCAUUUCAGUUCAAGUCAGGUGACACUUGUACAGUAUCUGGAUGGGGACGUGCAGAAGGGUUGUCCAAAGUGUUUCAUCUAAAGUGGGGCCACAUUAACCUGAUGAACAACUGUUCAACUGUUUACAAGGAACGUUUUUUUGAUAAAAUGGAGUGUGCAGGAACUUAUGAUGGAUCAAUAGAUUCCUGCAAAGGCGACUCAGGAGGACCACUGGUAUGCCGUGAUGCUAAUAAUGUGGCAUAUGUCUGGGGAAUAGUAAGCUGGGGAGAGAACUGCGGUGAGGCUGGUUUCCCUGGAGUAUACACAAAGGUGGCACAUUACUUUGAAUGGAUAAGUCGACAUGUUGGACGACAGCUCAUUUCAAAAUAUAAUAUUUGAGAAAUCAUACAAGUUGAUAACCUUGAAGAGUACCUGUCAUUAAGUGGAAUUUUAAUGACAAUGGCCAUUUAACGUGAUUUGCUUCCUCUGCAUCUCUUUCUGUAUGUACACAAGUUGGCAACAAUAAUAAAGACAUAUUCCC